GUGCAAGACGGCGGGUGUGCAAGACGGCAGGUGUGCAAGACGGCGGGUGUGCAAGACGGUGGGUGUGCAAGACGGCAGGUGUGCAAGACGGUGAAUGUAUAAGAUAGCAGGUGAGACAUGCCGCACCCGCGACGAGCGUACCCGUAUCCAUGGGUGGUGCUACCUGUAUCCUACCCCGGUUCACUGUGGGUUGGCAUACCUCGGUGGUCCCUGCGCGGGUUUGAGCUCGCUUGCUCGUCCCGCUUCUCACGCGCCAUCCACACGUCCUCCCGCCUGCUCGCCGCUGUGCCCACACCCACGGCGCGCUCGUCCGAGUCGGUUGCGUUUGCACGCGGGGCGCUGGCCCUGUGUGCUCGUGGUCGACGUGUUCCGCACGCCCGGCCCUCCGCUGACGCGCUCGCUUUGCGCGUGUUCGUUGGCCGUGUUCGCGUGCUGGGUAGUUGCCCAGCGCGCGCACGGUCGGCGUGCGCUCCCGCCCGCCUGCUCAGGCAUUCGCCCUGGGUACACGUGGUCGCCGUGUGCGUCGUGCUGCAUGUCGCCGCCGCUUCCUGUGCCUGUGGUCAGCAAUGCCCCUCGCCCGUCGUGCCCGUCGUGCGACACAUCGCCGAGCGUCGCGUACCCGUCUUUUGCUCGCCCGUCUCACCACUCGUCCACCCCCACCCUGCUUACCUCUCGCAUUCCUCCCGGCUCGUCGCUGUGUCCGCGCGCGGUGUGCUUGCAUCCGGGGCAGUUGCCCUAUGUGCGCUGUCCUCGC